UAAAUACCGAUUAGGACAAGCCAGUAUAAUGGGACUGUAAUCAAGAACCGCGACGGCCGAGAUUGCACUGCUCGCCCUUACACAACAUCGCAACCUCCUGCCACUUCCGUGGAGCAUCCAGUCGCCAUGAAGGACGGGGGAGAAUCCAAAGAGCAGCAGCUCACGGUUGCUCUCCGAAUCCGACCUAUAAAUGAGACAGAGUUGGCUGAAGGAGCCACCAUCAUUGCCCACAAAGUGGACAAGCAGAUGGUGGUUCUAAUGGACCCAAUGGAAGACUCAGAUGACAUACUGAGGGCUAAUCGCUCUCGUGAAAAGUCCUAUAUGUUUGAUGUGGCCUUUGAUUACACUGCAACUCAGGACACUGUGUACCGUUUCACAACCAAAGGCCUGAUUGAAGGUGUCAUCUCUGGGUAUAAUGCUACUGUAUUUGCCUACGGUCCUACAGGGUGCGGGAAAACAUACACUAUGCUGGGGACUGACUGGGAGCCUGGAAUAUAUAUUCGGACCCUUAAUGAUCUCUUUAAAGCUAUUGAGGAAACCAGCGAUGAUAUGGAAUAUGAGGUUUUAAUGUCAUAUAUGGAGAUCUACAAUGAAAUGAUACGAGACUUAUUGAACCCAUCACUGGGCUACCUGGAUCUGCGGGAGGACUCCAAAGGUGUAAUCCAGGUAGCAGGUAUUACAGAGGUGUCUACCAUUAAUGCCAAAGAGAUAAUGCAGCUUUUAAUGAAGGGGAAUAGACAAAGGACACAGGAGCCCACAGCAGCCAACAAAACAUCUUCCAGGUCUCACGCCAUUUUGCAGGUCACUGUUAGGCAGAAGAGCAGAGUGAAGAACAUCACACAAGAAGUCAGAGUGGGACGGCUCUUUAUGAUAGACCUGGCUGGAUCAGAGAGAGCAUCCCAGACUCAGAACAGAGGUCUGCGCAUGAAGGAAGGCGCUCAUAUUAACAGAUCACUUCUGGCAUUAGGGAACUGUAUCAACGCUCUGAGUGAACGAGGCAGUAAUAAAUAUGUCAACUACCGAGACAGCAAACUGACCAGACUGCUAAAGGAUUCAUUGGGUGGAAACAGUCGAACAGUAAUGAUUGCUCACAUCAGCCCAGCCAGCACAUCUUUUGAAGAGUCCAGAAACACACUGACCUAUGCCGAUCGCGCCAAAAAUAUAAAGACACGGGUCAAGAGGAAUCUUCUUAAUGUAUCUUAUCACAUUGCUCAAUACACCAGCAUAAUAUCAGAUCUACGCAAGGAAAUUCAGAGGCUCAAGAAAAAGAUUGACGAGCAAGGGCUGAAGCAGAUAAGAAGUGAGAAGAGUGACAUCCGCAACAUCCAAGCGGAGGUGCAGCUCCACAGUUCAACUUAUGGCAGACAUGAAAUGGAGCAGCUAAAGGAGCAGCUCAUUAGGGCAUUCCGGGAACAAAUGGACAUUCGGCGACAGCUGAUGGAGAUUGAAAACAGUUCUAUGGAAAUGCAGAUGGAGACCUCUCGGCACUUCCUCAUUACUGCAGAAUGGGAGCAGGAGAAGACCCGGCGAGCCAGAAAGUGGAGAGAUGAACACAGGAAAGAAACCUAUGGCAAAGAUGACAGUGAGAAGGACUCAGAUACAGGCGAUGACCAGUCUGACUUUAUUGAACCCCCUGAGGUGAUUACAGCAAGAGAAACCAUUCAAAUAUUGGAAGGAGAUCAAAACAAACUGCGCAGACAGAAGUUGGAGCUGGAAAAGAGGUUCAGGGAUGUCCGCCAUCAUGCACGGAGGCUGGAGGAGGCUCUACCAAAGCGCAUCAGCUCAGAUGAUCAACGGGAAAUACUAAGCCUCCUGUGUAAGGUGCACGAGCUGGAGAUUGAGAAUACAGAGAUGCAGUCCCAUGCUCUACUCAAGGACAACAUGAUCCGACAGAAGGACUACAUGGUACAGAGGUUUGAGCAACACCGCUCUCUCUGUGAUGAGAUCAUCCAACAACAGAGGAGAAUUAUAUACGAUCACAAUCUGACUGUUCCUCACCAAUUAAAUGAUUUGUAUGAGCUGUACUUUCGGGAGCUGGAAGAAGGGGUUCUUGACAAAGCAGCAGUCUUGGCCCUAAAGGAUAGCCAGAGCUGCCUACCCAAAAUCCCAAAUCUCACAGCAGAAGAGAACCUACAGGAGCCUGACUCAGACCAGGAAAGUGUAAGGACAUUUGGUUCUGACAAUAGGAAUCCAAUUCACCGGGACUCCUACAAGAAUCUUCUGCCACAAAUUCUUUCUGAGACAGACAGUGACACAAACAAAGUAUUCAAAACCAGCCCACGUGCUCGACAUCUUAAGAAUGGUGCUGUGGUGACUCCUCCCCCAAUCCAUGUGAAUGGAAUAAUCAGCAAAGAGUACCUACCACGUAACCAAAUAAACUAUUUUCCUGACAGCACUGAUAGCAAGGUUGUCCUGACACACCGAGAGAAAAAAGAGAUUACGACCAGCAUUCAAAGCAUUGCUGUAAAGGCAGCAAGGCGGCGUUCAAGGGUUCUAGAAGGUGACCGCCUGCAGCCCAUGAAAGAGAGGAGUAACCUGUCAGUUCACUCUAUGAGUGAGAGCGAGGACACCGUAUUCACUGACCAGAGGUUUCCUAGCUCAUCCCUUCACCAUGCAGCCAGUGAGGACAAUCUGUCUAGCACCACAGGGGAAAUAGUGGCAGUCCAUGGAGGUGGCAGUAAUCACAGAGAUUCUCCAAAUCUAUGGCACCGGACACAAAAAAAACAAGCACAAAAGCUGGAGAAGAGGGAGGAGUCUCUUGAGGUGAAGCGCAGAAAGAAAAGGUCACGUUCAUUUGAGGUCACAGGUCAAGGGCUGGUUCGCCCGAAGAAUCAUAUAUCGCGCAAUCGAGCUUUGGAAAGCAACUCUGACCACAAGAUCCAGUCUAACACUCUCCAAACCAACCGCAAGAUUAUGCUGCCAAUAGCACAGGUCAAACUCCCACAGAACCAGACUACAACUGUGUUUAAAAUGGCAGAGCAGCAAGAAGGAAAACACCAGACCAACCAGCCUGGAAGUGUCAAGAAGCUAAUAUCUACCAAUCAACCACCACGUUUCAACUAUAUAAAUGCAAACGCAAGUGGUAUUUAUGUGAAGGAUGUCCGUGUGCGUAAAUAUUAAAAGCUCUUGUGAACCUGGUAAAGACAUUUCCUAUGCACAAGGAUUCGUGACUGGCAUUGGGCAAUGUGAAAUAAACUGGAUAUUCAUGGGGUCGUAUUUUUUAGUCCAUAAGGGGUAAUAAACUCUAACUUUUACAUACAAAUAAUAUAUAUACUUUUUAAACAUGGUAUUGUUGCUGCUUUUGUUGUUAGUAUUUACAGUCUUCAAAUGAAUUUGUUGGUUCAGUUUGCAAAUACUUGCAGCAUUGUCAGUGUAUUCAUAUUAGGGUAUCAAAUGGUAAUAAUUAUUUACCUUGUAUUCUGAGUGGCUGCUUUAAAAGUAUUGGCGAAAUUAAAAAAAAAAA